CACCAAUAUGCCCACGAAUAGUGUUGCCUCACUAGUUAAAUGUAUUUGUCCAACUAGUAUGCUAAAGUUGUCCUCCUACUCUGCAGACAAUUCAUACAGUAGCGUGGAAAAAAAGAAACAUUACUAGUAGGACACAGUCGUUCUAUUAGUGCGCAGAAUUGCCUUACUAGUACAUGGGCCUUAAGAUCGAUAUCUACGCUCUUUGUCCUUUACUAGGAGUACAACUUUGGCACACUCGUAGGACAACUACACGUUACUAGUGUACAUUUAUUUCAAACAUAUGCAGACUGGACUGGUGGGGACGUCACAAGUACGUUGACUUUGCAUGUACACUUGAACUUCCCUGCAAGCAGUGUUGUAUUAUUUUGCGUGGGAAACCCACUGUAGCAGCGUUUGUGUUGCUAAAUUACACCGGAUUCAAAUUUAACAUUGCAAAAGAGCAGAAAAUGCUGACCCCUGGUGGACAGAUUUAGAAGCGUCACGUUGAGCCAAUACAGGGCUGGGAAGAAAUAUCGGUACCGUAUCGCGAUGGCACAUCGAUAUCAUUCAUGAUACUGUCUCCGAUAUUGAUACUGGAUUUUGCUAUCUGACGUUUCUGGUGUUGAUCAUCUAACCAAAAAAAAUCCCAAAUGAUGAUGACUCCUCAGCAAAACAACGCACAAUCCCUCGCUUAAUCUCUCUCAGCUUUCCCCCCACGAAGGAGAGCUCGGCGCCCCGCCACGAUGCCGCUCAGCUCCGCUCUGGCGAGCCGGAAUUACGACUACGACUACGACUCCCUACAGCCGUACUUCUACUACGACCACUCGGAGGAGGACUUCUACCCACAGCAGCCCCAGCCCCCGGCGCCCAGCGAGGACAUCUGGAAGAAGUUCGAGCUUCUUCCCACGCCGCCGCUGUCGCCCAGUCGGCGGCCGUCGCUCUCAGGCUUGCCAUACCCCUCCACCGCUGACCAGCUGGAGAUGGUGAGCGAGUUCCUGGGCGACGACGCCGUCAACCAGAGCAUCAUCUGCGACGCCGACUACUCGCAGACCUUCCUCAAGUCCAUCAUCAUCCAGGACUGCAUGUGGAGCGGCUUCUCGGCCGCAGCCAAGCUCAAGAAGGUGGUGUCCGAGCAGCUCGCCUCGCUGCACGCCGCCCGGAGGGACUCCUCCAACUCCUCCUCCUCCUCCUCCUCCUCCUCCACCUCCACCGCCGCUGCCACCAGCCCCGCAACCGCCGCCCCCUCGGCGGAUGCUUCCCCGACUUCUGCCCCCUCUGACGCCGGCCCGGCGGAGCCCGCCGGCGCGGCCGCUUGGAGGCUGAACAGCAGCUACCUGCAGGACCUCAACACGUCGGCGUCCGAGUGCAUCGACCCAUCGGUGGUCUUCCCCUACCCGAUGACCGAGACCCCCAAGCAAGGCGCGCCCCCCCGUCAGGACUUGGGGCUGGACACGCCACCCAACAGUGGGAGCAGCAGUAGCAGCGACUCAGAAGAUGAUGAUGAGGAGGUUAGGGAUGAUGAUGAUGAUGACGAAGAAGAGGCAGAGGACGAGGAGGAGAUCGACGUGGUGACGGUGGAGAAGCGGCAGGGGGCGAAGCGCUGCAACUCCCCCGGCUCGGCCGACCGGCGGCAUCCCGGCCCUCUGGUGCUCAAACGCUGCCACGUCUCCACCCACCAACACAACUACGCCGCGCACCCGCCCGCCAGGCACGACCGGCAGCCGGUGGUCAAGAGGCUCAAGAUGGAGGGCGCUGGAGUCGGCGGAGGUGCGAGCCAGAGCCGCGUCCUGAAGCAGAUCAGCAGCAACCGCAAGUGCUCCAGCCCGCGCUCCAACCCCUCGGACACGGAGGACCACGACAAGCGUCGGACUCACAACGUGCUGGAGCGGCAGCGUCGCAACGAGCUCAAGCUGAGCUUCUUCGCGCUGCGCGACGAGAUCCCUGAGGUGGCCAACAACGAGAAGGCGGCCAAGGUGGUGAUCCUGAAGAAGGCGGCCGAGUGCAUCCGCGGCAUGCAGGCCGACGAGCGCCGCCUGCUGUCGCUCAAGGAGCAGCUGAGGCGGCGAGGGCAGCUCCUCAAGCACAAACUCUCCAUGCUGCACGACGAGCGCCUUUAAAGCUCGCAUCUUUGUCCGUUUGUGCUGAUUUUUGUUGUUGUUUUUUUACGAGGGUUGUACAGUUAUUUGCAUGCAAAUGCGGAGGGGGGAAAUGCUGUUUGGAAUCUCGUUUGAUUUCAAUGUUAAAACUGCCUCAAUUGAAGUUAUGGGUGGGUUAAAAUAUUUAGUUUAUUUUUAUUAAGAAAAUAUUAAAAAAUCGGGCCCUACAGUUUCACAGCAGGGGCCCAAGUUAAAAUAUAAAUUUUUAUGUUUUUGUAUAUAAUUAAUAUUUCCUAAGAAAAUGUAUUUUUGGAUCUCAAUUGUCUGGAUGUUCAGACCCAGUGUUUUCUUUUUUUUUUUUUUUUCAUUAUGUUCCUAGAUUCCCCUUUUGAAAUAUAAAAACAAUGUUUCUUCUCUGA